UAAAGAAUUCCACCAUCCCAAACUUGCAAAUCCUCAAAAUCCCAAAAUUUGAAAAUCCCAACACCUCAAAGUCCCCAUUCCUCAAAAUCCUAAACCAAAAUCCCAAACCUGAAAAAUUUCAACAUCCCAAAGCCUUAAAGUCCCAAAAUCUCAAGCUAGCAUACUUCCAAAAUCCCAGAACCCAGCUUCACAUAUCACCUUUAUUAAACCCCAAAAGCAUCCACACAUAAAAUACCGAUAUAAAGCAACGAUCACGCAUCUGUGACCUCACGAGAUACCUCGACAUUUUCCGCCAUACGAGGCGCUACUUGUCACAGUAGAGCGUGCUUCCCGCGUUGUGGUCCGGGCAAAAGCUGGGUAUUUCCCUCUGGAACACUGUAGCGGGAGGAUCUGCAUUGGAGGGAGUGCUUAUUCGCUCUACCAUCUCCUAUCUAUCACUCUCACCUCGCGCUCGCAUUCUCCCGAUAUAUACCGAACCUGGCACAACGUGUUGCUCGUCAGUCGCGGACCUUGCUUUUUCGGGGACCGAGUGACACCGCGACGUGUGCUACGAUCGCUGAUUCCAGAUAAAACAAACGAAGCGGCGAACAGCUCGUUGGUAUAAGAAACAAACAAGCCCGGGGCGCACAGUCAUGAACGGGAUUUCCAGUCAAUGUAAAAUGAAGGAAAUUAAGGAUCUGAACAUUUACGACGGUGAGGAUGAUCACGCGAUGGUGAUAAAAAAACCUGGCCCCUUGCGGACCGUUUCUUGGUUGGACAACGUCGAGGAGAGCAACCUGGAUGUUCCGGGGACUCCUAGGACUCCGAGAACUUCCACUACCCCAGGACACGAAAAAUGCACGUUCCACCAUGAUCUAGAGCUGGAUCACAGGCCACCCACGCGGGAGGCUCUUCUUCCGGAAAUGUCACGAAGUUACAGGCUACUUUUAGGCUCCUUAGGCGAGGAUCCUGAUCGACCAGGUCUCCUGAAGACGCCAGAACGUGCUGCAAAGGCCAUGCUGUUCUUUACGAAAGGCUACGAUCAAAACAUCGACGGUUGCCGUGGAAACCGUGGAGAGCACCCUCCAUUACCUAUCCACCGACACCUACCAACCACUGUAUAUCUACCAACACAUAUACACCAGCACGAACGUCGUGACUGUAAUGUUAUAAACGAUGCUGUGUUCGAUGAGGAUCAUGACGAGAUGGUUGUGGUGAAAGACAUCGAGAUGUUCUCCAUGUGCGAACACCAUUUGGUGCCGUUUUACGGGAAAGUCUCGAUCGGGUACCUACCCUGUAAGAAGAUACUGGGGCUCAGCAAAUUGGCCAGAAUCGUGGAGAUCUUCAGUCGACGUCUUCAGGUUCAAGAACGUCUCACCAAGCAAAUAGCAAUAGCAGUAACAAAGGCUGUACAGCCAGCGGGAGUAGCUGUGGUCGUUGAAGGAGUGCACAUGUGUAUGGUGAUGAGAGGAGUGCAGAAGAUAAACAGCAAGACGGUUACGUCAACGAUGCUUGGCGUGUUCCGAGAUGAUCCGAAAACCCGCGAAGAAUUUCUUAAUCUGGUGCACAACAAGUAAAACCUCUUGACUCCGAUCUCCAAGCAACGCAUUGACGAAGGGAUACGCAGAGCCCCCGGCACGAUUCUUCUUCCAACGUUUUUGUCUGACUGCUACCUCACCGCAAAAGGCGUCCAAAAAAAAGAAGUUGAUUUCAAAGGCGUGCUUCUUUACAACAUUCCUAUUUUAUCCCACAAAAAUACUUUAUUGACGUUGGUCGACUGUGUGGCCAAGAUAAUCCUGAUGAUUAUCGUAAAAGGAACGAUUAUGGAAGACAACGUUCAAGACGUCUUUGAAACUGGAAUGUUCAUAAACUGCUGAUCGAAUGACACUGAGACAAUAUGGUAGUUACUCGUUGAAACUUUAUACAAGUUCCAGAAAUUGUUAUUGAAAUUCUAUAAUAAGAAGAGACGUCUCUUUUUGUUAUGGAACAGGUACCAAUCGUUUCGCAAACGUAAUCGACGCAUAUGCUUGUGAAAGCAUAACAUGCUUAUUCUAGAUGUUCCGAUUCGAGACUUCUUAAAAUGUAUUAACAACAUAUACUGCUGCUGCUGGACCAGCUAUAAUUAUCGGUUUGAUUGUUGUACAUGUACCUUGCGAAUACUUCUGUAAUGUUAUUAAUAUAUUUGGAGAACGCGUGAAACAUUUGGAAGCGUCUUCUGAUCGGGCAAUUGCGUCGUAAUUGUAAUUAAGACCGCAGAUUUUUUGAUCGACAUCAGUUGUUAACGUAUUGCCUGGACACUUUUCAACAAUGGCCUCAUGAAUCCUGACAAUACACAUUUUAGACUAUGUAUACGUAUAUUAGACUGAAGUGUUCGCAAUCCGUUAUGUCGAUCGAAAAAUACGGUGUAAAUUCUAUGUCAUAUUUUGAAGAAGUUUAUAGUAAACAGGGCGUUCUAAGGUUAAAUGACUAAACUUCAUUGAUAUGUUCCACAAGAGUAAAUAGAAGAUCAUAUAUAUACAUAUUGGUCAAAGUAAAUUUUGAAAUUUACAUAUUUACAAAUUUGGAAAUUUAGUGAUUUGAAAAAAGAAGAAAAUUUAGAAGUUUGAGAAUUUAACUAAUUUAACUUAUAGAAUAUAUCAAUAUAAUCUAAUCAUUUAACUUUAGGACAUCCUGUACCAGAAAUAUUUUUAAUUUCGUUAUUGUUUCUAAUUUGUAAAACGUAACAGCCAUACGUUUUGCAAAACAAAACGUUUGCAACCUUAUUUUCCAAUCUAUUAUCCGAAUGUGAUUCUACAGUAAUUUUUUAAACGGUUUACGACACGAGUACAAUUACUAUUAAUUUAAACGGUCAUAACGAAAAGACAAUAUUUGUAUUCGUAACUUUUAAAAUAACACGUAAAAGAUUUUAUGAAGAAAAGAGAUCUUGACACACAGUGUUUCAGCCAUACACUGUAUGUCUAAAGUGCGACUGAAAGUUGAUAUUACUUUAAUUUCUGCGAUAAUUUCAUUGCAUUAAAUGAUCAAAUUGAUUAAUGUA